UCUCUCCAUCCUCCCCUACUGUUGACCGGGACAGCCCCGAGCAGUGGCCCCAGAUGUACGGGGAUGGAGAGGGCACCGUGUGGGACCGGGUCGGGCGGCCCCACCGGGACUGUAUGUGCUACCUUGGACCUCCGACUAACUUGAUGCCGAUCGGGAUGCGCAAAUCGCCUGAAGUGAGCCCCAGAAGGCUUUCGGAUAUCAGCCCUCAGCUCAGACAGCUCAAGUAUCUUGUGGUGGAUGAGGCCAUCAAAGAGGACCUCAAGUCUUCCCGUUCAGUUGAGGACAUCAACAGUGCAUCCAUAGAGGAGCGAAUAUUGCGGAUCACUGGAUAUUAUGGCUACCAGCCUUGGAGUGCCAGCUACAAAAGGGAAGAAAGGCCCAGGGAGCACGUGGCGCACAGCGGCCCAGAUGUGCAGUCAGCGCCGGGUGCGGCGGGUACAGAUUCGAGCUCCACCAGGCGGAAGCUGCACUGCUGCAUCCGGAUAACGGCGGUACAGGUGCGCAAGGCCCUGUGGGGGGUCGCCAUGGUGAUGUGCGUCUGCUCGUCAUGGGCAGGCUCCACCCAGCUGGCCAAGUUGACCUUUAAGCACUUUGACGCCCCCUUCACCCUCACUUGGUUCGCCACCACAUGGAACUGCCUCUUCUUUCCGCUCUACUACGUCGGCCACCUGUGCAAAAGUCCGGAAAGGCAAACAGCCAGGCAGAGAUUAAGAGAGUGUUGCCGCUUUUUCGGGGACGACGGGCUGACCUCCAAGGUGUUCUUCACCAAGGUGGCCCCCUUUGGACUGCUGUGGAUCCUCACCAACUACUUGUACCUGCAGGCCCUCAGGAAGAUCAAUACAACAGAUGUGUCGGCACUCUUCUGUUGUAACAAGGCCUUCGUCUUCCUGCUCUCCUGGAUUGUACUGCGAGACCGCUUCAUGGGUGUCAGGAUAGUGGCGGCCAUUUUGGCGAUAGCGGGCAUCGUCAUGAUGACUUACGCUGAUGGCUUUCACAGUCACUCGGUCAUUGGCAUCACUCUGGUCGUUACUUCAGCAUCCAUGUCUGCACUAUACAAGGUUCUCUUCAAGAUGGUCCUCGGCAGUGCCAAAUUCGGGGAGGCGGCGCUUUUUCUGAGCAUCGUGGGUGGAGCCAACUUUGUUUUUCUCAGCAUUCUGCCCGUUGUCCUAUAUUUUACCCAAGUGGAGUACAUUGACUCGCCUGAUGACACCCCCUGGGGGUACCUGUGUGGGGUUGCAGCUCUGCUUUUCGCUUUUAACAUCCUGGUCAACUUUGGUAUUGCCAUUACAUAUCCCACUUUUAUAUCCCUUGGCAUCGUCUUAAGUGUUCCCGUCAAUGCCAUGGUGGAUUUCUACACGUGUGAGAUUAAUUUCAACACAGUGCGCCUCAUCGCCGUCUCCAUUAUCUGUCUGGGUUUCCUCAUGCUGCUGCUUCCAGAAGACUGGGACCAAGGCAUCAUCCGCCUCAGCACCAAACUGCGCAAACGUGACGAGCCAGCCGAGGCUAGUGCUGAGGGGGGGCCCUCCUGGAGGGGCCGCGCUAGGACCUCCAUGUCAACAUUUGCACGCUGAGUGGGACCAUGUCAUCUGAGAAGCAGUUUGAUGUUUAUUAUCCUCCUUGGAUAUGAACUUUUGUCUGCAAAACAGAUUGUCUGCCAUCAUCGAGAUGAAGUAUGGACUCAAAUCAGAUGUACCCUUCUUGCUCAAAAUAUAAUCAGGUAUUACAAAAUUACAGCUGUACCUGUCACCUAUUUUUCCAUUGGUCAUCACAUCCUUUCCCCAGGAAGACUUGCCAGUGCUUUUGAGGAAGAGGGUCAGCACCGUGUUGACUUGACUGGCUUGAAGACAAAACACAUGCUUAACAAUCCAAAGAAGAAUGCCUUCAACUGCUGAAUGCCUGCAAAUUAAGAGGAGGCCCUGAGUGGCCCUCAGGUGUCACAACAGAUUCCUUCCUCCUUUGCACUGUAUAUAACAGCUUGUAUUUCACACCUGCCGACCUGAAGUGCUCGUGUGGUGUGAACAGGCCCGGUGGACGUGAAACUCAGCAUGAGCUCGACAUGCUUUUACUUCACCUCUCUCCAUCCAAGCCUUUCUCGGACCACUCUGAUUGGACCCCUGCAUUUAUGCGCUCUCCUGGGGCUAAGAUGGAACCACUCUCAACAUCGAGGUGGCAACACCCGCUGUUCUUGCUGGCAGUCUACUUGAGCGAGCUAAAAAAAUAAAAUGUGCAAUGCAUGAUUAGCCUGGAUUGUUAUGAAGUAAGACCACUUCCGGUUCAGCAAACUUGCUGUCAAAGGUUGUUUAACUAGUGUUAACUUUGUCUGAAAGCAAUUAGAGAUUCACUGUGAAUGGAACUACACUGAGCCCCCCACCCUCCAACGUCUUUGUAUUUUUCUCUUUUAACCCUUGCACGAACAAGUUAAAUGUGCAAGUUUUGACGUCACCUCCUUUUUUAUGCAGUUGAUUGAUCGCUUUUCUCGUUUUCGACUCACUGGACACUUACCGUAUUGGCCCGAAUAUAAGACGGCCCUGAUUAUAAGACGACCCCCUCUUUUUCAAGACUCAAGUUUGAAAAAAGACUUUUGAACACCAAAUUAUUUGUUAUACAGAAAAUAAUUACAGUACAUCUGAAACAAAUGAUUAUAACGAUAUAUUUGAGGGAAAAAGCAUGUUAUUUUGCCUCAUUCAAAUCUUAAUAUCUGAACAUUUAAAUAUGUAAACUAAAAUGCAAUCACAUUCGUAAAUGAAUGCCUCCUGGUUUUUGAAAUGUAAAUAAACCAAUCUAUUGUUAUAAAACAACAAUAUUGCAAUAACUGCAUUAACCAUCAAAGUGAAGUCUAACUGUGACUGUAGUCUUAAAACAAAUCUGAAUAAGGAAAAAAACAUUGCAAUAAAAUAAUGCAAACUGGUUAAACUUGAGAGUAGCUGAGAUUUGUCACGACAGAACAUUACUCCUCACAAACAUCCUCUGCCAAUGAUAUCUGGUGCCAUCUAGCGUCGUGAAUGGGUAUAAUGUCUAGACCCCGGAUAUAAGACGACCCACAGUUUUUCAGUCUUAUUUCAAUGCAAAAAACACCGUCUUAUGUUCGGGCCAAUAUGGUAAUUUGAAAUACAAUCCAAACUCUGAACAU